GCGGGGGCGGGGAAGCCCCGCCCCCCGCUCCAAUGGGGGCUGGGCCGGGAGAGGUCGGUGCAGGAGGUGCAGCUGCCGCGGCCGAGGGAAGAUGGCGGAGGAGGAGAAGCUGCCUGCGGGCUGGGAGAAGCGCAUGAGCCGCAGCUCCGGCCGUGUGUAUUAUUUCAACCACAUCACAAAUGCCAGCCAGUGGGAGCGCCCCAGCGGCACUGGAAAGAAUGGCCAAGGGGAGCCCACCAAAGUGCGAUGUUCACAUCUCCUGGUGAAACACAACCAGUCCAGAAGACCCUCGUCGUGGAGGCAGGAAAAGAUCACACGGACCAAAGAUGAGGCACUGGAGCUUAUAAAUGGCUACAUCCAGAAGAUAAAAUCGGGAGAAGAGGAUUUUGAAUCUCUUGCUUCCCAGUUUAGUGACUGCAGCUCAGCAAAAGCGGGAGGUGAUCUGGGUGCAUUUGGAAGAGGUCAGAUGCAGAAACCUUUUGAAGAUGCCUCAUUUGCGCUGAGGGCUGGCGAGAUGAGCGGACCAGUUUUCACAGAAUCAGGGAUCCACAUCAUCCUACGCACAGAGUGAAGUGCCUUGGUGACAUGUAGAAAGGAAAGGGCGAGGGGAAGAAAGGAAAAAAAAAAAAACCUACUCCAACCCUGCACUCUCCCAAAUGAACUUCAUAUCCAGUUAAAAAAAAAAAAAAGCUCAUUUCAUAUCUCAAUAUCUUCUGUGGCGCCUGACACAAUGUUUUUCACCUGCAGAGAUGCAUGGUUAGCCAAGGGUGAGAACGUAACCGAAAUAAGACAGUAGCAUCUUUCAUAAGCAGAGAGAAUGUUACAAACAAAAUUUCUGGCAUGCCACAGCUGCUUGAGUUAUAUUGACAUGCCUCCUAAGCUGAGGAAUUGUCGAUGCUAAAGGUCACACUUCAGUGCUUCCCACAUCCACCCUCUUAGAGAUACGGAGUAUUUAUUGCAGUGCAGCACUGAUGAUGGUGAAGUUGACUUGUGAACUCUGGUGCUAUGAUGGAAUGAACUCCCAACCCUCUGCAUGUUUGUUUAAAUACCAUUUAUUCUGGAUGAAAUGUAUUUGGUCUGCAGCCGAGUUCAUUGGUUUGUAGAGAUGAUUUACUAAAGCCAUUCAUGAAUUGACCAUAAGGUAACAAACAGUGAGCCAUCUUGGCAUGGGGCAUCUGUCAGUGCCUGCCUAUAGCUUCCCUUAAUGCAGUUGUCUCGGUGAGGAUUGCUACUCUGUCCUGUCACGCAGUGGCGCGUGGAGCGCUCUCCACCUCGACCAUUGCUUGGACUCCAAAACUUGAAGAUGCCUUUUGGUUCUGAGUACAAACGAGAGGUUAACGGCCAGUAGUUCCCACUGCAGGAAGGUCAGUAGCCAAUUGAAGCUGUGUAGCAGUACGUAGGAUGCUGUGUGUUAUCCAUUCCAGCGUGAGGUCACUCCAUUAUUUAGACAUGACCGUGCCAUUCGGUAGGACGGACUGUAUUGUGGAUUUUCAGUUUUAGCUAGAAGGCUGUUUUCUCAAGCUCCUCUCAAUCCACUUGUGGUUUAAACACUGUAAAUCAUUGUUUUCCAAUUACACUGCAUUGCUUAUGUUUAGUAAAAUAAAAUCAGAAAAAUCCCAGCUUUUGUCCAAUGCAAACAAGCUGUAUAGUUCCAGUUCUCUUAAGCAGAAAAUAAAGCCCUCUCCAAUUAAACAUUUCAA